AUGGAGCCGCUCUUUAAUUUGAAUUUUGAUAGCAUUAUUGCUGCGAUAGAGGAGAAUGGGAAGCGUUUAGCUCGGCAGGAUCCGCUCGCUCCGCUGGCCGCCUCUCAAGACGUAACAUCCGAGGAUACGGGCGGUGCCCAUGAAGGUACCUCACAGUCCGGUUCAAACGCGGUCGCAGAUGAAGUCAUCUCUAUCAUUCGCCCCGAGCUAGAUGAUUUCGCCAAACUAAUUCAAGACGAGGCACAAGCUUCAGAGAGAAGAUAUGAUGUUAUGCAGGCAUCAAUUGAAAACCUCUUGAGUAAAACGGUGCUGUGGCAGGAGCUGUUGCAGGAGCAGAUGAAAGAGCUGGUUGGGACCGUCAAGUCGCUCAAAGAAGAGGUUACCGAAUUGCAGGAAAAGGCGAAAGAACCUAGCCAGAAAUAG